AUGAAAUGCCUCCCAUUCCCAUGCAAUAGCAACUAUUACUAUGAUGCCCUUUCCAAUAUCGUCCCAUCUGAUGAUGAACAAUUAGAAGAGCUAAUCAACAAAAGGAGCAGGCAAAAAAAUGUAUACUACAAGUUAGAGAAAACUAUCAACCAAAUAAUACACGACACGAAAAAACACUCUGACGUUAAUUCAGAUUUUGAGCAGGUCGAGAAACUUCCAAACCAAAAUUGCGAAUCCAUUUAUUCGGAUGACUGUCUAGACGACAUAGACAUCAUUUUGAAAAAGAAAAAAACUAAAAAUAUGUUCUCAAGGUUAAAUAAAAAUGACGCCCCUGGGCACAUCUCACUGCCCUCUAAAAAUACCAAACAGAGAAUUUAUUCUUUACGUCAAUAUAGCCAAGAGGCAAAAGAUGUAGGCGGCACAAUUAAUGACCAGAAGCACAACCCAGAGGUUGAGCUACCAAAUGAAGAAAUAAUUGAAAAUUUUAAAAAUGUUCUUUGCAACGGCUUAAAUAAAUACAUUAAGGAUAUGUUCCAAGAGGCAAAACAAGAUUCCCCUACUAAAGAGACAUACGAAUCUAACGACUAUGCAAAUAUGAACAGCUCAUACUACAAAACAUCUCAUACUAAGAAUGACGUUUUUAAUGAGGAAAGUGCCAACCGAUGUGAAGCUCCCCCUGAAGAUAAUCCAAAUCUCAGCGGAGAAAAUUCACUAAAAUAUUCCAGUUUUGAACUGCUAAAUCAAAAAAAUGAAAAUACACAUGAAAGAAAAACAUACGACACGGAACAAACAUUUCAGGUUAACACACGCAGGAGUGAUAAACCGUCAACAACCGCCUGUCCUGGGACGCGAAACAAAAAUGUAUAUGCAACCCAAGCGGCAGUUACCAAGAAAGACACCAAAUUGCAGAAAAAAAACUACAGACAUAAAUGGACAAAUAUGAACAGAUCCAAAUAUACGAAAAAUAUUUAUUUUUCGAAAAGAAAAAAAUGGAAAAACGAAAAUCCUCUCUCCUUAAAUGAAAUGAAAACGGUACGCUGGAAGGAUACUACCGAAAUGUACGAUAAGCGAGCGAACGUUCCCAUGGGAUACCUAGAACGACACUCCAUCAAAUCCUCAGGAGGGAUUAGCAACACAAAUGCCAAACGCCCCGCACUCAAACAGCAGCACACAUACAAUGCAUCGAGAACGAACUGCACGUCUAGCUCAAGUGAGGAUUUUCUCUUCAGCCAUUUUCAGAAAAACGCCAACAACGAUAAUUUAGUAGGAAAGUUCCGUUUUUAA